GAAGUCGCCUGGAGCAAUUUAUUGAGAGAGAAAGAAAGAAAAAAAGAAAGAAUGUGAGUAGAAGUCAAUAUGGCGUCGAAUAGGCGGGAAAGAGUGUAGAAAUCGACAAGCGAUCGGAUCGCUUGGAAAGAUGCACGCUUUCUUGAAGACCGGGAAAUUGGGUGCUCCGGCGGAGAUAAGAAAACCAUCAACCUCACGGGCUAAGGAGGAUAAGAAGGAUCUGACUCCAUGGGUGGAGAAAUACCGGCCAAGAAACGUCGAUGACGUUGUAGAGCAAACGGAAGUGGUGAACGUGAUAAGGCAAGCCAUGGAGCACGGAGACUUUCCCAACAUGUUGUUUUAUGGACCACCAGGUACUGGCAAAACUAGCAUAAUACAUGCUGCUGCAAGACAGAUGUUUGGCAGUAUGUACAGGGAAAGAAUCCUAGAGUUAAAUGCCUCUGAUGACAGAGGCAUCCAAGUUGUGAGGGACAAGAUCAAGUCCUUUGCAUUGCGCAGAGCUAAUCCUAUCAGGCCAGAUGGCAAGAAAUGCCCGCCGUUCAAGAUCAUCAUAUUGGACGAGGCGGACAGCAUGACUGGCGCCGCACAAACCGCGCUCCGUCGCAUCAUGGAGAAGGAAGCACACAGCACGCGCUUUUGCCUAGUGUGCAACUAUCUGUCGCGUAUCAUCAAGCCGAUAGCGUCCCGUUGCACCAAGUUUCGCUUUAAGCCGCUGAGUGACGCGAAGAGCAUCGGUCGGCUGGAAUAUAUCUGCAACGAGGAGAACCUGAAGGCCGACCGAAGCGUUCUCGAGAAGAUAGUCGAGGCUUCUGGGGGUGAUCUGAGACAGGCCGUUAUGUGUCUGCAAUCAAUCACGAGAUUAAAGGGCAAGGAUUACGAGAUCACUGUGGAUGAUGCUCUCGAUGUGAUCGGGCUGGUUCCCGAUGAAAAAAUUAACGCACUGUGGGAAGCUUGUAAGAAGGGGAGUUACAACGAUAUCGAGAAAUUGCUGGAGAACUUGUUACUGGAAGGAUUUCCGGGGUCGCAGGUCAUCGAUCAAUUGAACGAGAAGAUCAUUUUCAGCGAGGAUCUGAACGACAAGCAGAAACUUAUGAUCGGUGACGUGCUCGGGAUGUGUGAUUACAGACUAACGGAAGGGAGCGACGAGUACCUUCAACUUUUGAAUGUCUUCUCCACAAUCUCAGCAGCGUACAAAAUGACCAGCAGCAGCAGCAGGCAUUCCUGGCCCUCGCCGCCGUCCACCGGCAACAACGUGCCGUGACACUUCCCGACGUGCCUCGCCGCGCCUCCAAGAGACUCCGUUAACCGGUCCUCGGGAAAAGAUCGCCGUGCUGUAGCGUGGAGUACGAGGAAGAGGACGGUGCUUACAAUCGACUCUAUUCCGGAAGUUCCAAGGUACAUUAUCUUCCUCUGCUCGGGGGAGUGCUGAAUCUUACCUUCCGGAAUUUCUCCGCCAGAGAUAAAGAUAUACACAAAGAACGCGAUAAGAGAGAUUACAAAAAGAACGCAGGCAAGAGAGGCCUUUCAUUCGUCGAGGGGACGUGAACGUGCGUGCGGAGCGAAGUUGGCUGCGAGUGAUUUUCGGCGCGCACUCGUAUUCAGUCGUCUGAAGAGAUGUCCCCUUCGAAAGGACAGUGAGGAGCGCGCGAGACACAGUAGGAAAAGAGAGCGAAGAGCCGCGAGAGCAGGCGAUUUCGCCGCGGGAAAUGUCCGUCGUCCUGAAGGGAGUUCCGACCGGCGCGGGCGGCUAGUUGUGCCGGUGCGGUUUUCAUGCACCGCCGCGGCGCAUCCCGCGGUGCAUCCUGGCGCGCUGUGCUCCUCCCGGCUAACCUAACCUAACCUAAUCCUAACCUCGAGAGUCUCGAGUGGGACCGGUCGUGUCGUGACCUCGACAUCGGGAAUAUCGAAGAGGAUCUCUCCCGUUCGUGGAGAAGAGGACAGAGAUUCACGUGAGGUUACUAUUUGCUACUACGUUACACACUCUCUUUUACACAUACAUAUAUACAUACACACACAGUGCGGCAUUCUCGAGCUCAUUGUUCGACAGAGAAUCGUACGCUCUCUGUCUGUCUCCAUCUUUUGGACACCCGUGUGCUCCAGCAGCGCGGAUUGGAACAGCCGCGGAUUAUUACCUGCGGCUUCGCGCUGGAAGGACUCCGGCCACGUAGCCGGCGCUUCCUUCGCGUAGCGGAGAUUCCGAAGGAGCGCGUGGCACGGCGCUAUCUCGAGCGGAGCGCCGUGACGCCGGCUGAAUCUCGCUCAACGGCGAGAAGCCGGUGAAGGGAAGGACUCCACGUGGGAGAGAAGGACACACUCGGCUCGGCAUCUGCGAGAUCGUCGUCGUCGUCUGCUGCUGGACAAAGGCGUGGAUGA